GUCCCGAAAAGAACACAGUCUACAGCUGACUUCAGCAGAGUAACUUACUUUAAUAGUAAUUUUAAAAAACGCUAAUCAAAAUGCAUAAGUUCGUAUUAUUCGCUCUCGCCUUCGUCGCCGUGGCCAUGGCUGCCCCACAAGAUAACCAGGUCUACAUCUUGAAGCAAGAAGCAGAUGUCAACCCGGAAGGAUACCAAUUCCAGUUCGAGACAAGCGACGGAACAGCCCGCCAAGAACAGGGUACCCUCAAGCAGAUCUCAGAAGACCACAAGGCCAUCCAAGUGCAGGGCAGCUACAAAUACGUCGCGCCUGAUGGCGUCACCUACACUAUCACGUACACCGCCGACGAACAUGGUUUCCAGCCUCAAGAACAUGUCGAGCACCAAGAUGGGCAGGGACAACAAUAUUCUCAGCAAUAAGGCUAUCACUUUCUUGAAGGUACGAUGGAGAUGAAGCUAAUGAGCUACUGACCAAAGAGGUGUUAUCAUGGUACAAUAUUGUUAAUAUAACACAUGAUCUGAGAACUAAUUUGAAGUACAACAUGGAUCGAAGCAGAGUGAGAUACUAUUAUGAGGCGAGUGUUUGAAACGCGGCAUCGUAAUUACUUCUAUAAUCUCCCAGUCAUCGCGUUUCCUUUCUCCCACACCUUCCCAUUAUCCUUUCCCGUCUAUCAGCUCAUAAAUUUUAUAAUCCUCUGUGAGGUUUAUAGGCAAUAUGGCUGAUCUCCUUUUCCUCCCUUUAUCCCUACAUAGAAGACCAGCGGGUUCAAUAGUAACCAGCGUUGUACUUUUCAGAUGUAGAUAGUUAUCAGAUGUGUCUCAUGAUAUUGUACCAUGGCUCAACCCAUGUUUUGAAGUGAUAGAGUUUGAAAUAACAAUGUAUAACGCGUACCUUCAGGCUGUAUAUGUAACGGUCAAAAAUGUUUGUAUACUUGAACAAACAUUGGCACAACUAUGAUGUUGAAUCAUCAAUUUUUUGUGUAGGUUUUACUACACUCAUGAUUUAAGCUAUGUCAACAUAACGUUACAUCAAUGGAUAUUUUAAGAUGAUUAUUCAAGAAACUAUUCAAAUAGUGAUUACUUAUGUUGUAUUGAUGUAAUGUUUGUUCUGUUCAUGUUCGCUUUUUUAUAUUUUUUAUAACAUUUCUACAUACAUAUGUUUUUAUAAAUAAAUGUAUUUCUCACGGUACCAUUUUUGUAUUUUUUAAACUGUAAUAUUACUUUGAUCAAGUAAUGUUUUGAACAUAUUCCAGUCAU